AAUGAACACCAAGAAAGGGCAGAUGCUGAUUUUGCUCGUUUUAACUGUGUUUAUUGUGAAUGAAAUUACAAUCCUGUCUGCUUACAAGGAAGUGUACAACGCUAAAGCAAACGUGGAUAAYCUUUACAAAACACUAAGCAGCAAAAUUUUAACACUSAAAAUGAGGUUGAAUCAAACGGAAGAAAAAAUCSAUAGGACAUCUCAAGAACUCUCAAUUCUGAAACAGAUGAGAAAUCUACUUCAAGAAAUCACAAAGCACAGUCCCUGUGAGCACGAAUAUCUUUUACUGGACUUUCGCCACAAGCAGUGUAUCAGCAUAGAAGCUGAAGAAGAGAUUCCUGAAGACUACACURUUACUCUUCAAGUUAACCACAGAGCAAUGGUGGAUGAGAAUCUCGUCGAAAAAGAUGGCCGCGAUCUUCGUGUCUUUUACCUUGAAAGUAAAGGCUCUUUGCCAGUCGAARUUGACCGACUUAUUGASAACKUAUACACCAACACCACCACCGUGCAGUUUCGAAUACAGAAGACAAUUUCAGCUGGGAYAGUUGAUUGUCAAUCAUACGCCCUAGUUUUUGGCGGGAAGUACAACGUAAAAGCCAAAGAYGAUUUAAACAACGUAUWUGCCUUGUACGARACUUUCAAAGGUCAAGACUUGAAUGACUGGAGCAAGGUAUGGGGUGAGUGGACGGUAAAGAAUGGAAUGCUAUUUGGAAAGACYGGUAUAUCAACGCAUGGUAGUGGUGAGGUCGGGAUUUACUUUAAUCGAGGAAAGAAUUGGCAUGACGUUGAAGUSGAGUUGGAUCUAAUGGAGACUGACACCAAUGUAGCAUUUCCUGGUCCAUUUCUAAGAAUCUCGGAACCAAAUCUAAAACACACAACAGCCUGGUGGUUUGAAUAUUACACUGACCAUCAAGAAUGCACUAUGAGACCCUUUCAAGAUAACAAAGACGGUGGAUGGAAAUACAAAUKCAAACUUCCCGAAAAAAUGGCUAAAAASAAAUGGUACCACUUCAAAUAUCGGGUUGAAGRGAACAAAAUAAAGCAGUGGGCAAACAGAAAACUGAUUCAGGACGCAAUUGUAGAUACGGAAUGGAUGAUUUCCAAAGGAACCGUCGGUCUAGGAUGCCAUACCAUCUACAAARAUAGUCCCACUGGAUGCAGAACGUAUUACGACAAUAUCAAAGUUAAGCUGUUGCUACAAAAAGAUCCGAAAGUGUCUCUGGRUAAAAUAUGCAACAUCGGACGAGCAGACAAGCACUUUGAACUUGGGGGCAAAGAAAACCCAGCUAAUUCCUGUAAAGAAAUAUAUCUAUCAAUCUCUGCGUCAAAAUUAAAGUCACCAUCUAGUGGAACAUAUUGGAUAAAGACAGAAGACARCGGAAACAAAAACUCCCAGCAAACGUUUUGUGAUAUGAAAAAAGGAGGAUGGACUCUCGUUGGUAAAAUUAGUGGACAGGCAGGAAACAUCUAWAACUCGUGGCUUGUUCGAAAUAUCAAUGUCGCUUCUCUCAGAUCCCCAAAACUGCCAACCUCGAGUGGUCAUUAUGGUUGCCUUGAUUCUCGACGUCUUGCUGUGAAGCAUUCCUUUGAGAUCAUGUUUUCCAGUGGAGAAAAUGCCUUGGGAGUUGGGUCGAAAUGGGUCCGCUGGCAGCUUCCAUCUGGUCGAGAUUACAGCACAUGGUGGAACCAUGCCACAGGGUAUAAUACGAUCAAAUCCUCCCCAACAAGUGCAGUUACAGUGACGGCUUGGAAUGGAAAUAAAGGGACAUGCUAUCAAAWCAAKUAUGGAAUAAUGCCAUUGCAACAGCACGGUGGGUCUUAUCCUUAUGCCUCUGUCAACAAUCAGGGUAAUACUAAGGUCAGUGACUAUUGCAUGGCCGUGGGAGUGCUGCUGAAAGGAUCUACUGCACAUGGAUGGUCCCAGAAUGCUAAUGGGUAUGAUUCUCCUCAGAACGAUUCUGAUUGGCCAAAUGGAUUGUACAACCAUCAAAAGCCAUACUUGCUUGUUUGGCUGAAGUAAGAAAGCAAUGCGAUCACGGAAACUGCACCAGAAGUCAGUUAAACUUUAAAGUAAAAAUCCCUUAUGCACAGGAACUGAUAGUAAUACUAAUCAAUUUAGUGCGCCAUUAAAAUCUUUUAGAAAAAAAAUGUUUAAAAUGUUUUAGAAUUUAUAAUUAGUUCAAUCAAAGAUCUAAAGGUUAAAUAAAAUAAUUUUAAGGGAAACUAACUUUACUGCGGCUGUUUUAUUUUUUUACGUUUUACGUAGACGUAUAAUGUUCUUACGCGCAAAAGUUGAUUUCGCAAAUUUUGCUGGUCACUUAUAGUACGUCUACAUAAUUUAACAAGCUUGUCCACAUCGUUUUCCUUUUGUGAAAUGUGAUAAAAUUCCUUGGAAUUUGCUGGCUGCAUGAUCACAUACUAUGUAAUAAUAAUAAUAAUAAUAAUACAUAAUAAGCUAAAGUAUGUGUGCAACAAAUUUGUACCAUACAAUAUUCAGAAAUGUAUCAUUUUUUAAAUAAA